AUGACGGCGCCGCUGCUCGACGACGACGCCGAGGCCGGCGCCGGGUCGCUGCGCCUCGACUGGGAGCGCGUGACCGCACACGUCGGCGCGGCGCCGCCGUCGCGGCUCGAGCGCGUCUUCUGCGGCGCCGGCCGGAGCAAGGACGACGCGCCGCGGCUCAAGGUCGCGCUCGACGCGGCGAGCGGGUCCGUCGCGCCCGGCGAGAUGGCGUGCAUGCUCGGCCCGUCCGGCGCCGGCAAGACGACGCUGCUGUCGAUCCUCGGCGCGCGGCCGCAGCUCGGCGCGGGCGGCUCCUGGACGGGCCGCGUGCUCGUCAACAACGCGGCGCCUCGAAAGUUGUGGCUGCGCGACCUGGGCUUCGUCAUGCAGCGCGACAUCUUCUUCGACACGCUCACGGUCGGCCAGGAGCUCGCCUUCGCCGCGGCGACGCGCCUGCCGCGGUCCUGGACGCCCGAGAGGCGGCGACAGCGCGCGGCCGAGGUCGCGGCGCAGCUCGGGCUGACGUCGGUGCUGCCGUCGAAGAUCGGCUCCGCCGUCGAACGCGGGUUGAGCGGCGGCGAGGUCAAGCGCCUGAACAUCUGCGUCGAGCUGCUCAACGACCCGAGGCUGCUGCUCCUCGACGAGCCGCUCACGGGCCUCGACAGCUCGCGCGCGUUCUCCGUGCUCGAGGCGCUCCGCGCGCGCGCGACGGCGGGCCACCGCGCGAUCCUGCUGAGCGUGCACCAGCCGACGUCCAAGCUCUGGCUCCUCUUCGACAAGCUCGUGCUCAUGGCGCCGGGGGGGCGCGUGGCCUACGAGGGGAGCGCGUCGGACGCGGAGGCCUUCUUCGAGAGCUGCGGCCUGCCGCUCCCGGCGAGCUGGAACCCGCCGGACCACUACGUCGAGUGCCUCGGCGACGAGCCCCGCGCGGCGAAGCUCCUCGCGGCCCGCGCGGAGAAGCCCCGCGAGGCGGCGGACGGCGGCGGCGCGCUCGUCGCGCGGGAGCCCUGGCCGGCCUUCGGCGCGCAGGUGCGCGCGCUCGCGGGCCGGGGCCUGCGCAACGCCCGGGGCACGAUGCUGAAGCCGCUCGAGUGGGUCCUCGUGCUGUGCCUCGCGCUGAUCUGGGGCUGGCUCUGGUACCGCGUCGACGCGCCCGGCGGCCGCGCGGCGCACGCGAGCGACGUCGUCUCCGUCGUCUUCUUCGUCGUGGCGCAGUGGUCCUGGGGGCCCGCGUUCCAGCAGCUCGGCGCGUUCCCGAGCGAGCGCGACGUCCUCACGAAGGAGCGCGCGAGCGAGGUCUACAGCAUCGAGGCCUACUUCGUCGCGAAGCUCCUCUGCGAGCUGCCCGUGCUGGCGCUCAUGCCCCUGGCCUUUUUGAUCAUCCUGCUGCCCAUGGUCGCGGUGCCGGGGUCGUGCUUCGCGGCGAUCUACGGCGCCGCGUUGCUCGUGUCCUGGGUGUCGCAGUCGCUGUCGAACGCCAUCUCCGCGGCCGUCUUCAAGACGGACCACGCGACGACGGUCGUGAUCAUCGCCAUGGUCUACUGCAUGUGCUGCGGCGGAUUUUUUAUCGACAUGGAGCAGCAGCCCGGCGCGAUCUCCUGGGUCCGCUUCACGUCGUACUGGUACUACUCCAUGGGCCUCUUCGCCAAGGUCGCGCUGCUGCCCUACGACACGCCCCACCACGACAUGCGCGCCGAGAUCGACACCUACUCCUUCAGCACGCUGUCGCUCCGCAUGGACGUCGCCGUGCUCGUCGCCUACGGGACCGCGUUCCGCGUCCUGACCUACCUGUUCCUCAAGUGCUCCCGCAAGCUCCGCUUUAGCUAAUCAUUUGUUAACG